AUUGGCAAAAAAGAAACAAGUUGUCGAUUUGUUUAAUAUUUUUAUAUAAUUUCUUUUAUUAAUGCUAGUAAAUUAAACUUAAAAGAAACUGUUAAGUAAAUAGCAGUUUAAUUAACGAUUUAUACGAAGUCAACGAAUUUUAUUCAACAACUCGCCUUUUUGUUUCAACACCAUGGGAGUCUUUCAAUUCUGUAGAAAUCAUUGGAAGAAAUUGACUUUUGCCUCUGUAGUUGCUGGUUAUGGUGCAAACUAUGUGUGGACCGAACAUCAAAUCACUUCGCAUAUGCAGCAAGUGUGUCGCAGUCUUCCAGAAAUAGCCUCAUCCCGACCCUACAGAGCAGUGGUGGUAAUAAACCCAGUGGCCAAUGACAAGAAGUGUGAAAAGAUUUUUCGCAAAUAUUGUGAACCCAUUUUACAUUUGGCCGGCUAUUCAGUGGAGGUUGUCAAGACUAAAGAAAUUGGCUCCGCCAAGUCAUUGAUAGAAUCACUGCCCACUUUGCCUGAUGUUUUGGUUAUAGCCGGAGGGGAUGGCACUUCCUCUGAGGUGGUAACAGGUCUAUUAAGGCGCAAAGAUGAACCUUGUCCCAUACUUCUGUUACCUUUGGGAGAACGUAAUGAAACCGUUUCGGCUUUCCUUCCCGUCGAUUCCAAAAAGAAGGUGGAAUAUGUGAAAUGUUUAUCCUCAUGUGUGGUGUCUUUGGUGCAGGAACGUCUACGCUAUCGCAAUGUGCUGAAAUAUGAAGUUUUGCCCGAUGAGAAUGAUCCUGAACCUCAUCGUCCCAUAUAUGGCUUGCAAAGAUUCUCCUGGGGCUUAGUGAGAGAUAUUGAGGCCAAAAAGGAUAAAUAUUGGUAUUUUGGUUUCCUAAGACAUCAGGCAUCGGCAUUGGCCACAUCAUUUUCCAAUGAGAUGUCUCGCAAUAUAACUGCCAUGCUAACAUGUACCCCACCCUGCCCGGGAUGUACCAAAUGUGCAGAGACUAAGACACAUACCCAAAGAGUUUUCAAAAAACUGUUCUCCCCCAAGACAGCAACACCUGUGGCUGCUUUAACAGUGGCCAAUGAUUCAUGUGGCCUAAAGGAGCAACAUCAAGUGCAGGCUAAACAAGUGGACAUCGUCAAUGUUCAGAAUGAGAAAAACUUUUCGGAAUUGCAUACCCAAGUAAUAGAGUCCAUUGAUUCUGGUUUGGAUUUUAUAAUGCAUAUAAAAGAGAAGAUGGAGCCAUCUCUGUUGCUGAAAAGUCGAACUGUUGAAAUUAUACCCAAGGACAUGGACAUGCCAACGUAUGCCAUAGAUGGUGAAGAGUAUGAUGCAAGAGCUGUUAAGAUUUCAUUGUUACCGAAUGCUAUUAAAUGUUAUUGUUAAUAAAAAAGUGAACAAAA